CGAAUCUUUGCUUUUUAUUUGAUUUACCGGGCUGUCAUUUUCGUGCAACAUUUUCUGGACACACAUACACCACAUCGAUUUCGCAUUCCAGUCCUCACGACCGUCGACGCCCAUCAUGUUCACGAGCAGCCGACAAUUUAAGACAUCGAGCAAGAGCUUUUCGAAAGGUCACAGCAAAGGCAACAAAUCUAGCUCAUCAUUCAGCAAGGACAGUGGAGUCCAGAAAAGGCGCCAUGAGUCCUCUCGGUCGCGUCGGCCUGGCACGGCUUCCACAUCGAUGACCGCUGAUACCAUUAUGAGCAACACCUCUACCAUCAUCACUCUUGUCGUCGGUGCGGAGCAGCGCCUUUUCGCCGCUCACGAAGACGUUCUACGAUCGAGUUCCUUCUUCGCCAACGCCCUCCGAAAUGGAUACAUGGAUCCCACCACCAAGCGAAUCGCCCUUCCCGAUGAGGAGCCCGAGAUUUUCAGCUCAGUCCUAGAGUUCCUGUACAAGGGCGACUACUUCCCUCGCCUUGUUCACAACAAGCGAAGGAACUCGUAUGAACUGGAGCCCACCCCCGAAGAAGAUAGUGCUGCCGCCGAGAGCACCGUCUACCACCGCAGUGUAGAGGGUGACCUCCUCAAGGACACUGUCAUCUACUGUGCUGCGGAGCGGUACGGGCUCACUGAACUUAAGAAGAUUGCUCUUCGCAAGCAAGGUCUUCAAUCUGGCAUCCAGUGCAGCACCAUCCUUGCCUCGGCCCGCUAUGCCUACGCCAACACUCCCGACAGCGACUCCAAGCUUCGUGCGCACUACCUCGCUCUCAUCAUCCGCUCCCGCUCGACCUUCAAGCGCAGCGGCACAAUGCAGUUGGAGAUGUACAACGGUGGCUCACAGCUCUUCUUCGACCUCUUUGUGGCGCUGAGCAACCAUGUUGACGAUAUCUCUUCUGCCUCGUAAGUCAUUCCCACCUGUUCAUACCAAAGACGUGUCUUAUUAACGAGACGUAGCGGGACGCCUCGCUCCAACCGCUUCAUCUGACGCUCUAUGACAC